UAAAAAGAAAAAUAAAAUGCCUAACGAGUAACAUACUAACAUCUCUUUUCUCUUUAGUUAGUUUUAUAACCGGAUUCUUUUGCUUUCCACUCAGUGCUUCCUCUACGGUGACACAUCUGAAGCUCCCUUAUUGCUUUCCGGCACCGGGUUUUAAUGGCGACCACAGCUUGUUUUAUCAUUGUGAGUAGGAAUGACAUCCCUAUAUAUGAAGCUGAAGUUGGAUCAGCUACUAAAAGAGAAGAUGUGGCUCAGCUGCAUCAGUUCAUAUUACAUGCCGCUUUGGAUAUUGUUCAAGACCUUGCAUGGACUACUAGUGCCAUGUUUUUGAAAGCAAUAGACAGAUUUAAUGAUUUGGUGGUGUCAGUUUAUGUUACAGCUGGUCAUACGCGAUUGAUGCUGCUUCAUGACUCUCGUAAUGAUGAUGGAAUUAAGAGCUUUUUCCAAGAGGUUCAUGAGCUUUAUAUAAAGAUUCUUCUUAAUCCCCUAUAUUUGCCCGGUUCUCGUAUUACAUCAUCACAAUUUGAUACAAAAGUUCGUGCCCUUGCACGAAAAUAUCUGUAGAGGUGGUCACACAUUCUGAUGGACACAAGGUCAAGUGGUUUUGGGAAUGAGUCAGCAAGUUUUUUUUUUUUUUUUUU